AUGGCUCCCGUUCGUCGUGCAUUGGAGGGCAAGUUAGCAAUAGUGACAGGCGCCUCACGUGGUAAGAUUGCCGUUGGCAACAAGGAAGGGUUCAUUUUGCUGAUUGAAGCAGGUAUUGGUGCUGCCAUAGCGCGCCACCUGGGUGCCAAAGGUUGCAAUGUCCUGGGUGUCUAUACAAGCAAUUCAUCAACGCAACCCGCCAAUGAGCUCGUCAAAGAACUCACUGAGACGCACAAAGUCAAGGCGACAAUGGUUCAGGCCGACCUGAGUGAACCAGAGCUAGCAGCUCCUAAGGUUGUGGAAGCCGCCAGGGCUGCCUUUGCCUCGCCAAAUGGUGAUUUACUUGUCGACAUCUUGAUCAAUAAUGCAGGCGUUGGAGGUGAUUAUAGGCUUGAAGACGUGCCAGUCUCCGAAUUUCACCGCAUGUAUGCGGUGAACGUGCUGGCUCCCCUCAUGGUGACACAGGCCGUGUUACCUUACUUGCCACACGACCGGUCAGGAAGAAUCGUCAACAUUUCCUCGGUGGCUUCAUCACUGGGUUUUGUCACGCAUACCUUGUACGGAGGGACAAAAGCAGCCUUGGAAGCAAUGACAAGAACCUGGGCUCGAGAGCUGUCUGAGCGUGCCACGGUCAACGCCGUCAAUCCUGGUCCCGUCGAGGGCGAUAUGUACCUCGCGGCUGGCGAAAAGCUCUGGAAACAGCUUGAGCCAUUCCAAUUGAACUGCCCACUAUCAGCUAUUCGAGAUGGGGUCGAUGAUCCCGCUCUCGUCGAACUGAGCAGGGAGAAAAUGGGGGGCCGACGGCCGGGAUAUUGGACCGAGGUCGCUGGAGUGGUGGGGAUGCUCUGUAGUGAAGACUCAGGUUGGUGCACCGGUAGUGUAGUUUGUGCGAAUGGAGGCUUCAAAUUCACGAAUUGA